AGAAGGUGAAUAAAAAGGCGGUUUCUUUUCCGCUUCACCUACGUAUCUCGGUUACAUUUCAAAGUUGGGUCUUGCCAUUGACGAUCUGUUCGCAGAUUCAGGCGUCUUCGCAUUUUAUCUUCACGAAGAUGAUUGACGAUCAAGGCCUGGGGAUUGUUGCCAACCUUCUUGGCAUCUUCAUAUUUCUUCUGGUGAUUGCUUAUCAUUAUGUGACGGCAGACCCAAAAUAUGAGGGCAACUGAAACUGGCAUUGUUUGUGCUAAAAUGAAGAGACCUUAUGUCACCCCCGGAAACAUGUAGAUGACACAAUGUAACUUUUCAAUUUUGUUAGCAUACCUAAACAGGCUGAAGUGGAAGUUUGGUGUAGCUGAUACUUUUGCUACUUCUCAACACAACCAUCAUCUUCCUAUUAUGUCUAGAAACUAAUGAAGGUACUUAGCAGUUUCUAUAUUUAUGACAUGGAUUAUGUCUAGAAACUAUUUUACAUGAGUAAAGUCUUCCCCUUUUUUUUCAUAAA